AUGGAUAUUCGGCUGCAACUGCAAAUAAAGAAAGACCCAGCGAAUUACACUUCACUCUACAUGAAUGAGCUGGAAAAAAUGCGAGGAAUGAUGAAGAUAUCCAAAUUAGACCCGCAGGCAAAGAACCAAGAGCUGUGUUCUCUGCUUACGUUUCUUCCUCAUAUUUCUAAGAACUACUCUGAGGAUAUUUCUAAUGAUAUAUUCAACUAUGCGCUGGACUACUACAAUUUAUUGGAGAGAAGUCUGUCACAGGCUGUGAUUACUUCAAUAAUCAUAUUAAAGAAAACAAAGCAGAUAGGUCCAGAUGUAUUCUAUAAGAAUGCCAUUAUAUUAAUAGAAGAAAUGGAUAAGCGAACAAAAACGGUAUUUAUACAGUUUUUAAUAUCUGAGAUAAUAAGGGACAAGGAGCACAAAGAGCUGAUACAGAAUGUAUUAGUGGACACAAUAGAGUCUAGGAUAGAAGCGCAUUCUAAGAGAGCAGUGUACAUUUUUAUACAUUUAAUCAGCAGAGAUGUGUGGAAGGACCAAAAUACAACGGAGUUAUUAUUUAAAAUAAUAUUGAAGUCAUCUUCUGUUGUGAUUAACUUCAUAUUUAUGUAUUUACUGGACAGAGUCAGACUAACCAUAACUGAAGAAGAAAUAGAGAUUCAAGCGAACAACAAGACCAACCAAAAAAUAAAGAGAGAGACUCGGGCGGACAAAAAGAAGAAAGAGCGGCAGACAAAGGCACUCAACAAAAAGCUAGAAGAGAAAAAGGAAAAGCAGAACUCUGAUCCAAACAUAAUAAAACUACUGAACAGACUUGGAGAGAAGGGGCCCUUCUAUGCCUCAAAGCUGUUUAAGCUAAUUAAAGCAUCUGAGCAUAAGAUGGAGAUUAAGCUAAUGAUGGCGCAGAUAGUCUCGCGUAUUAUAAGCCACUAUAAGAUAAACAUAAAGGGGUUCUUGGGGUACAUGAUGCGAUUCUUAUUCCCACACCAGGACAAAUUACCAAGUGUAUUUGCGGCAAUUGCGCAGUCAAUUCAUGAGGGAACCGAGGAGAAAGAAGUAGAGGCAGUUUGUGACUUAAUUGUGGAGAACUUCUGCAGUGACUACAAGGAUGAUGAUAUAAUUGCAUACGGAAUAAACUCAAUCAGAGCCAUAGUCAAGAGAUAUCCCGGCGCAGUGGAGUACGAUUGUAUAAAAAGAAUAAUGGACUACAGGAAGAUGAAGAAAAGAAGAGCAGUUGUUGCAUCAACCUCCCUGAAGAAAAUGAUACGUGAAAUAAACAGGCAGAAAGAAGGCGAAUUUAUGGAGAGCGAGGAUGAAGAUGUGGACGAAAGCAAUGAUGAAUCUGGCAGUGAUGUAUUCCUCAGUGGCGAGGAGGAUUCUUAUGUUGAAGAGAGUGAGAGUGAGAGCGAAGGGGAUGACGAGUCCAUUCUUUCUAGCACAGAUAAUCCGCACGGAUUUGUAACAGAAGAGAUGAUUGGUAAGAUAAGAACAAAGAGCACGCGAGAAGAGAAGAUGGCAACCUCAAAGGCAGAGAAGAGACAGAAGAAGAAGCGAGAGCACACAGGAACCAACAAGGAGAAACAAAAGACCACUAACUACACCGUAAGAAGAACAAAGAGAGUAUCUAUACCAAAGAAAAUAACAAAAAAGAGAAAGAGAUAAAGAGAACAAUCCAAUAUAAAGCAUAGAUAUAAUAAAUUAUUUAUAAACCAGUUAGAUAACUAUUUAUUACACACAACACCCACUGCAAGAGGAAAGAGGAUCAUUCAUACUCCACAAUUAAAUCAUUAGUAUAUAACG